AAAUGGGGAAAACACAUAUGGCCCCUCCUGCUCAACGUGUUGGCUGAAGAUAGGAAUAAAGGCUGUAUGGCUAGGAACAUGCGGCAUGUUUGUAGAUGGGCCGGGCUCAAACAUUUUUUGAAUGUCACUACAGUCAAAUAUGCGGAUGGCCAAGUGUUUGUAGAUAUAUUAAAGUGUAUUCUCCCAUGUAUCGCUCAACUUCUCCCCAAAAACUCAUCACUCGUAUAUGGUAUCCGGGCUUAUGGGAGAUACCGAACCAUGAUAGGCCUCAAUUGCCUAACUCAAGGGUGGCUACAUCGGCUGAAACAAUAUAUCAAGGACUAAGAAAAAUGCUGCGAGCACAUUUUAAAUGACUAUGGAAAAAACUUCGACUUCAUCAAGCAGCAUGGUGUCAGUCAUGUCAUCAAAGAUAUCAUGCUGAAGGGUGCAACAGACAACUACGACACACGGGUUAGUGAGGGUUUCCAUCAAGAAGUGCAGGAAGCAUAUGAGCAGACAAACCGAAAGGAUACUGAUGGUCGAGUAAGUUUUCUCUUCCUAGGUAAUGGAUACCACAAUCUCAGCAUCGUCUUUGUAGAUGGCUCGUAUUGACAAAAAUCAAGAAGCGGUUGCUCACAUACGAAUGACCAUCAACAACUACAACAAAACCCGCCAUGAACACACUAAGGCCAGCAACCUGGAGGACAAACACUUACUUCCCCCACAUGACUUGAAUUCCAACAAGGGCUAGCCUAGGCCCAAUGGAAACCAUUGGUCACUAGGCUCACCCAUGAAUCUUACAACGUCGCAAGUGAUGGAGCAUUAUGAUGGUCUCUGAGGGUUCCACAAAUAUUUGCGAAGGUUCCUGGCUGCCAACUGUGAUGUAGCAAAUGCUGAAGAUCCCAUUACUAUUAGAAAUUAUCAGUGCAUAUACAUUCAAUAUUAAUCCAUGGAAGAUUGGAACAAAGGAUGCGAUAUUCUCCGAUGUAACCCCAGCUUCAAUCAAGAACCACGUUUCGACUUCGUUCUUGUCAACACGGACACCCCAGAGCCAACCCCUGCUCAACUCAAAAAGCUGAUCAGAAUAUUUACUCAACAUUCUUCAUUUAACAUUGCAGUGGUCAAGGUGCUCAAGUUUUCGGCUGGAAACCCAAGGACUAGGUGGACGGGCGCUUGGCUGUAUGAUAAAGCCAGAGAUUUUGAGCUAGUAAAAGCAGAGUACUUGGUUUGGGGAGUUCAUAUGAUCAAUGCGUUUGAUCUCAAGGACGGGAGCUUUUAUUUAAACGAUUUAAUUGACUGCGACAUGUUUUUACGUUUUGGGAAUUGAUAUUAAUACUUUUACAUUUUAUCUAUCAA